UGCCUGGCUCCAGCCUCUCCUCUCCUCUCCCUCCUCUUCUUCUUCUGUGCGCCUCUUUGGCACGACGCUCGCUGCGGAGGAAGGGAAGAAAGAAGGAGGGAAGGAGAGAGAGAGAGAAGAAAAAAAAAACCCCACGGAAAGCAGGCUCCUGUGCGCGUGCGCGUGGGUCUCCUCUCCACGCGGGUGGAGCGGGGGGACUGCGAGGGACUUUUCCUGCUUCCUGUGGGAGCUCCGCGGCGCCGAGGAUGGCCGGCGAGAAGGGAGCGCCAGAAGCCUUGGAGAGGUGAAGGGGGACACCUCCUUUGGGACCCUCUCCCUUGGAAACGGGCGAAAGGAAACCCCCCUUGGGGGCGUUUGGGGAGACAAGAGACCCCCUUCCUUCCAGCUUCUCCUCGUCUCCCAUCCCCGAGGCGUGCUUUUUCCCCCCCGCUGCGUGAAACGACCUAUUUCCAAGCUUGGAUUGCGUCUCCAAGCGCCUCGAGUCGCAUCUUGAGCGGGACCUUGUUGGUGUUGUCCCCGAGGGAGGGGAAAAAAAAAGAAAACUUGAAAGAAGGGGAGGAGAAAAAGAAAGAAGAGAAAAGAAAGGAGGAGUGUGUGUUUUUGUCUGGUGGGGUUUUUUUUUUGUUUUGGUUUUGUUUUGGUGCAGCUGGAGCCAGAAAGCAUCUCUGGCUUGGACCAAGGCGCGCAUCCUUCCACUCGGUCGCCUCCUCCUCCUCCUCCUUCUCUCUCUCCUGCCAAACAUUUCCAUCUCUCUCUACAUUCAAGAGGAAGGAGGGAAAGGAAGGAAAGGAAGAGGUCUUGGUAUAAAGAAGAAGAGAGAAAAGCCCCAAAGGAAAGAAGGAAGGAAGGAAGGAAAGGAGAGGCAGGAGCCCCCCGAGGCGCAUUUUUGUUGCCGGGUCUCCAGGAAUCCUUUUGCAAUGCCUUGGAAGACUCUCCGCUUGGAAUUAUGUGGAGGUCGACUGCAACCACCACCUUCGCACGGAUAGCCCGCUGCACCUCCUCGCCUUGGCCUCCCUCCUCCUGGCCUUCCUCCUCCUCCUCUUCUUUUUCCUCCUCCUCCUCCUCCCGAGGAGGCCAUGCAGCAGCUGCAGCGGACACCCAGGAGCCCCCCUGGCCCCCUCGGCCUGGCUUCACCCCCCCAAGAUGGCAGCCCCCCGUGAGCCCCGCUCCUGAGCCCGCCUGCGACAUGCCCAACUUUGCCGCCACCGCCCAAGGAGAGGAGGAGGCUACCCACACUCACCGUCCUGGGCAUGGAUUUGGCCAAGAUGGCGCAGGUCUGCUGGCGUCUGCUGGUGCUGCAGGCGCUCCUGGCGGCGGAGUGGACCCCGGUCCACGGGGCAGCGGAGAAGAGGAGCUCCCCGACGGUGCUGAACCUGGCGGUCAUCCUGGGCCGGACGCAGCUGGCCUCGGAGCGGGAGGUGCGGGGCCUCUGGACCCGGGAGCAGGCGGCCGGCCUGGCCCUUGACCUCAACGUGGUGCCCCUCCUGGUCAACCAGACCGACCCCAAGAGCAUCAUCACCAACCUCUGCGACCUGAUGUCCGGCACCAAGAUCCACGGGGUGGUCUUCGGGGACGACACCGACCAGGAGGCCGUCGCCCAGAUGUUGGAUUUUAUUUCCUCGCAAACCUUCAUCCCCAUCUUGGGGAUCCACGGCGGGUCGUCCAUGAUCAUGGCGGACAAGGAUGAGAUGUCCACCUUCUUCCAGUUUGGGGCCUCCAUCCAGCAGGAGGCUAUCAUCAUGCUGAAGUUCAUGCAGUACUACGACUGGCACGUCUUCUCGCUGGUGACCAGCACCUUCCCCGGCUACCGGGACUUCAUUGCCUUUGUCAAGUACACUGUGGAGAACAGCUUUGUGGGCUGGGACAUGCAGGCCAUUGUGACACUAGACACGGCCAUUGGGGACGCCAAGACCACCAUCCAGCUGAAGAAGAUCCACUCCUCGGUCAUCCUUCUCUACUGCUCCAAGGACGAGGCCGCCUUCAUCCUGGCCGAGGCCCGCUCCUUGGGGCUGACCGGCUAUGAUUUCUUCUGGAUUGUGCCCAGCUUGGUGAGCGGGAACGUGGAGGUGGUCCCCAAGGAGUUCCCUGCGGGGCUGAUCUCAGUGGCCUAUGAUGAGUGGGACUACCGCUUGGACGCCCGGGUCCGGGACGGGCUGGGGAUUAUUGGCACGGCUGCCUCUGCCAUGUUGGAGAAGUACUCCUUCAUCCCGGAAGCCAAGACCAGCUGCUACGGACAGCUGGAGAGUGGCGACCGGCCUUCCCAGACGCUCCACAGAUUUAUGAUGAAUGUGACCUGGAAAGGGAGGGACCUGUCCUUCACCGAAGACGGCUACCAGGCCCAUCCCAGGCUGGUGGUCAUCGUCCUCAACCAAACACGGAACUGGGAAAAGGCGGGCAAGUGGGAGAACAACACUCUGAGCCACAAGUUUUCGGUGUGGCCCCGGUACAAUUCAUUCAAUGACAGCGAGCCGGACAACAACCACCUGAGCAUUGUCACGCUGGAGGAAGCUCCCUUCGUCAUCGUGGAGGACAUGGACCCCUUGACAGAGACCUGCGUCAAGAACACUGUGCCGUGCCGCAAAUUCAUCGUCAUUAACAACAUCACCAAGGAAGGGAAGAACGUGAAGAAGUGCUGCAAAGGCUUCUGCAUCGACAUCUUGAAGAAGCUCUCCAAGGCCAUCAAGUUCACCUACGACCUCUACUUGGUGACCAAUGGGAAGCACGGGAAGAAGAUCAACAAUGAGUGGAACGGGAUGAUUGGGGAGGUGGUCAAGAAGCAAGCGGUGAUGGCUGUGGGCUCCCUCACCAUCAAUGGCGAGCGCUCGGAGGUGGUGGACUUCUCAGUGCCCUUCGUGGAAACGGGGAUCAGUGUCAUGGUUUCACGGAGCAACGGCACGGUCUCGCCAUCAGCUUUUUUAGAGCCCUUUAGCGCUUCCGUUUGGGUCAUGAUGUUUGUGAUGCUGCUCAUCGUCUCGGCCAUCGCCGUCUUCGUCUUUGAGUAUUUCAGCCCUGUGGGCUACAACCGCAACCUGGCGCAAGGGAGAGAUCCCCAUGGGCCAUCGUUCACGAUUGGGAAGGCCAUCUGGCUGCUCUGGGGUUUGGUCUUCAACAAUUCRGUUCCAGUCCAGAACCCCAAAGGGACCACCAGCAAGAUAAUGGUCUCAGUUUGGGCCUUCUUUGCUGUCAUCUUCUUGGCCAGCUACACAGCCAACUUGGCCGCCUUCAUGAUCCAGGAGGAGUUUGUGGACCAAGUGACGGGGCUGAGCGACAAGAAGUUUCAACAGCCCUAUGCCUAUUCACCCCCAUUUCGGUUUGGGACGGUCCCUAAUGGAAGCACUGAGAGGAACAUCCGGAACAAUUACAAGGAGAUGCACGCCUAUAUGGUGAAAUAUAACCAGAAGGGAGUGGAGGAUGCCCUGGUCAGCCUGAAAACUGGGAAGCUGGAUGCCUUCAUCUACGAUGCAGCAGUGCUGAACUACAAAGCUGGCCGGGACGAGGGCUGUAAGCUGGUGACCAUUGGCAGUGGCUACAUCUUCGCCACCACCGGCUACGGGAUCGCCCUCCAGAAAGGGUCUCCCUGGAAGAGGGCCAUCGACUUGGCACUCUUGCAGUUCGUGGGUGACGGCGAGAUGGAGGAGCUGGAAACACUGUGGCUGACGGGGAUCUGUCACAAUGAGAAGAAUGAGGUCAUGAGCAGCCAGCUGGACAUUGACAACAUGGCGGGCGUCUUCUACAUGCUGGCAGCCGCCAUGGCCCUCAGCCUCAUCACCUUUGUCUGGGAGCACCUCUUCUAUUGGAAGCUGCGCUUCUGCUUCACCGGCGUCUGCUCUGACCGGCCCGGAUUGCUCUUCUCCAUCAGCAGGGGUAUUUACAGCUGCAUCCAUGGCGUCCAUAUUGAGGAGAAGAAGAAGUCCCCCAGCUUCACCUUGACCAGCUCCCAAACCAACAUGUUGAAACUCCUGCGGACGGCCAAGAAUAUGACCAACAUGACCAACCUGAACCCCUCUCCCAAACGGACAGCGGACUUCAUCCACAGGGGUUCUCUGAUCAUGGAUAUGAUGAUGGACAAGGGGAACCUGAUGUUCCCUGACAACAACCGGACCUUUCCGCCAAAGGAGAACAUUUUCACAGACAACAUGAGUGACCUGCAGACCUACAUGGGCAACCGGCACAAGGAUAACCUCAACAACUAUGUUUUCCAAGGCCAGCACCCCCUGACGCUCAAUGAGUCCAACCCAAACACAGUGGAGGUGGCUGUGGCCACCAAAGCAGAGGGGAACUCACGUCCGAGACAGCUGUGGCGGAAAUCGGUGGAGUCCUUGCGCCAGGAGUCCCUUCGCCAGAGCCAAGGUCCACCACAAGAGACAGAUUCGGAGAACCGGCAGCACUCCCUGAAAGGGUCCCGGUUCCUCCCUGAAGAGAUCAUUCGCUCUGACGUUUCGGAUACCUCCUGCCACGCGGAACCAGCCGAGACCAACAACAAACCCCACAAGUCCAAAGACAACACAAAGAAGAGGCCUGUAGCCAAAUACCCGAAGGACUGCAGUGAUGUUGAGUUGACAUAUCUGAAAAACAAAUCCCUGCCCCGGGAUAAAAUCUACAUCAUUGACGCGGAGAAGGAGCGCGGCUUCCGUCUGGACACACCCCAGUAUAUUGAGAACAUUAUCCUUCCGGAGUCGGUGGGCUUUUCGGAGGUGUAUCAGGAGCCCGACGAUAGCUACCACCCGGCAGAGUCGUCGAGUAACAGGACCGCUUUGCCUGAUGAGGAAAGCCUUCCGAGCGAAGACCAGUACAAGCUCUAUUCCAAGCACUACGCUGCGAAGGAGAAGAACGAGGCCAACGAGCGCUACCGACAGACAGCCACCCAUUGCCGUAGCUGUCUGUCCACUUUGCCUGCCUACGCCGGGCACUACUUGAGCCGCUCGCCCUACAAGUGUGACUCCUGCCUGCGGAUGGGGAACCUCUAUGACAUUGACGAGGACCAGAUGUUGACGGAUGCAGCUGCUGAGACUGUGCCCCGGGCAGAGAGCUACCGCCACAACUGGGUCCAGAACAACCAGACGCAGCCACCCAAGAAGAGCAAGCUGAAGAUCGGACGGCAGCGUUCCUUCGACAAUCUUUUUGAGAAGGCCAGGGAGGCUGAUGCUGCAGCAAGACCAUCCCGCAGCAUCAGCCUCAGAGAGCGGGAGAAGCUCCUUGAAGGCAGUGGCGGCGGCGGAAGCGGCCUUUUUGCGAGCCACUUUAACGCUGCCCCGCAAAGCCAAUUCUUGAGCAACAAUGUCCCGCUUUUCACCCGCACUCUGGACGAUGGGAAGAGGGUCCGGUCAGCAUAUCCUGACCUCUCGGCGGAGACCCCUUUCCUACACUCGCUUUGCGGUGGCAGCGACGACCAGGCCGCAGCCCUCGGGCGCAGUCCGGGGAGCCUUUAUCGACUCUCCUUGCCGACCAAAGGGGCGAGGAAUGAUAAUUACUCCCGGUCGUCGAUAAAGUCGACCGCCUCGUACUGUUCCAGAGACGGACGGGUCCACAACGACGUGUACCUUUUGGAGCCUGGGUUGCCUUACGCUGCAAAUCAGUUUAGCUCCUACACCACGCCGAGGGUGAUAAAUUCCUGCAGCAAUAGACGCAUAUAUAAGAAGAUGCCUAGCAUCGAAUCGGAUGUUUAGCGGUUCAUUUCCCUCCCCACAUUCCCCGAUUAAACACUUUUUUCUCCAUAGGGAAACAUAGUUGCCAGCAUUCUCUCCAGGCGGACGGGGAAAAUUCCUUGGCGGAUUGGCAACUAGUCAAAUUUGUGCGCCAAGCGGUUAUGUAGUUGCUCAAGGAAAAAAAAAUUGGAAAUUAUGAAAGAGAAAAUAUCUCUCUCCAAGGGCAUAUCUCUACUACACACCUAGGUUUUGUUUAAUAUGGCUUUAAAGGGAAUUGGAAUUUCUUCAUGGCACUUUGGAUUUCAUGCUACAGAUCCCAAGCUCCUCUCUAAAAUGUAUUAGAUUCACCUAUACGUAGUUUGAUAUGGCCUUUGAGCCAACUGGAAAUUAGAAUUUCAAGAUGGCGCUUUGGGUUCAAUGCUAAAGAUCCCAAGUCCCGUUCAUGAAAUGCUACAAUUCCCUGGAAAUAUGGAGAAUUUGGAGAAUUUGCAGUCUGUAGUGUAAAUAUACCCUUGGGGUGAGUUCAAAAAUGAGCGUUGCGGAUGGACAUCAGAUGUCGGGAUCAACCCACCGAUUCCUGUUGGCAACUAUGUUAUUUUUCUAUUAUGAUGGUUCUUUUACCUUUUGUCCGUCGGACCAUGUCCUUCCAGCACUUUCGCCCCCCCCCCUUGUAAUUCUGUCCUCCCAAACUUUUAUUUUAUUUUUUUGAAUAGAGAAAUAAGCAAUAUGGUAUGCAUGUACUUUGACACAGAGCAACUACAAAAACAAAGACAAAAAAAAAUGUUUAAGAAUGCAUUUGCACACUGACAAAACGGUAAGACUUGUCAAAGAGAUUAGAAAGUUAGUCUUUUUUCUAAAAAAAAAGAAAUAUAUAUACAGAUAUAGAUAUAUAUAUAUAUAGCUAGAGCUAUAUGAUUUAGUCUCAUCUUUGUUUUUUAAACACAGUCAAACAAAAGAGAAAAAAAACCUAAUCUCAGGGCCCAUGAAUGGAAAACGAUAUUGUGUUCAUCUGUGUCUGUCUUACAGAGACCAAGGCUGGCUUCCACCACGGACUCCUCCUCCUCCUCCUCCCUUGCCAAAUCCCAUAGAAAGGAGUGGAAGGGUCCUAAUUGCUAAAUGAGGCUCACUUGUUCCCAAACUGGGAGAUGUAGUGUGCAACUGGGAAUGGAGAAAUAUGUCACAGGAAAGGGCGAGGCAGAUGGGCCAUGGGUGUUCCUCUCCCAUCUUUCCAUAGAGACUGUGGAGACCACACUAGUCCCCAUUGAAAGCAAGUGUGGGGGAGGGCUUCCCUAGGACCCCUGCCAGGUUAGCCCCCUUGACCCGGUGAGACAGGUUGGAAGAGAGGGAGCAUUCUCUUGGCAUUUCUGCAUCAUGGCCAAUCUGGCAUCAAACCUAUUGGGGAACCUCUGUUGUCCAACCAAUCAAGGACCCCAGUGCCCAAUCUAUCAGGGGAUCUCUGAUUGGUUGGAAUCUAUUAGGGAUCUUUGACAUCCAACCUAUCAGGGACUUUGGUGUCCAGCCUAUGAGGAUACCUUAAGGCAGGGGUUCUCAAUCUGUGGUUCUCCAGAUGUUUUGGUCUUCCACCCCCAGAAAUCCUAACAGCUGGUAAACUGGCUGGGAAUUCUGAGAGUUGUAGGACAAAACACCUGGGGACCCACAGAUUGGGAACCACUGCUUUAAGGAAACCCUGGCAUCCAACCUAUCAGAGACCUCUGAUGUCCAACCUAUCAGGGACCCCAGUGUCCAACCUACUGAGUUCCUCUGAUACCUAUAGGUACUUUUGAAUAGGUUGGACUCUAUUGGUAUUUCUAAUAAGUUGGAGCCUAUUGUCACCUCUGAUAGGUUGGAACCGAACAGGGGACCCCAGGUGUCCAGUCAAACCAUGGCUAGAUGUCUCUUCUGCCAACCGAAUGUAGAUUUCUAGACGGUUCCCCUAUCUAGGGAUUAACCUGUCUCACCCAUGGAGGGGUGUUCUCUUUUUCCUCGGGCCUCUCCCUAUGCACGGAAGAGGUUUGCAAUGGCUUCUUCUGGUGGUUGUUGCAUGUUGUUUUACAUUGGAGGAGACAUUCCGGUGUGGAGUCUAUUGGCACUGCAGCCAAAAAAAGCAGACCUGGAUGGAUAGCACUUUAUGGUUGAUGUCACUUUAAAAAAGGUUCACUUUAGUCUCAAAAGAGUCUUGUUGACUGUAGGAAAGAGGCAAGAGGGUUUGGGCAGUAGAUAGGGUCAGGGGUGCAUGCUUCCUUUUGUUCAUGCGACACACUGGCCUCAAUCCUAGUCUUAGUUCCAACAGCAGUAGACCCGUCAAUGGGACUGACCCAAGUGUUGAGUCAUCAGUAGAAUGAGUCUACUCUAAUAGGACCAGUGCAGUUGACCCAUCAAUACAAGUGUUGAUUUGUUGUUCAACAAUGAUUGAAUAGGUUUACUCAAUUGGAAACCAGUGCAAUCAACCCAUCAAUGGGAUUGGCCCAAGUGAUGAAUCGCCAUUCAUCAAUGGAAUGGGUCUACUCCAUUGGGAACCAGUACAGUCAACCCAAAAGUGAGGUUGUCCCAAAUGUUGAUUUGUCCAAUAAUGAUUGAAUAAGUUUGCUCAAUUGGAAACCAGUGCAGUCGACCCAUCAAUGGGAUUGGCCCAAGUGUUGAAUCGCCAUUCAUCAAUGGAAUGGGUCUACUCCAUUGGCAACCAGUACAGUCAACCCAAAAGUGAGGUUGACCCAAAUGUUGACUUGUCCAAUAAUGAUUGAAUAAGUUUGCUCAAUUGGAAACCAGUGCUGUCAACCCAUCAAUGAGAUUGACCCAAGUGUUGAAUCGCCAUUCAUCAACGGAAUGGGUCCACUCCAUUGGGAACCAGUACAGUCAACCCAUCAGUGGGGUUGACCCAAAUGUUGAAUUGUUGUUCAACAAUGAAUUGAAUGGGUCUACUCCAUUGGGACCAGUAAGUAGAUCCAUCAAUGCGAUUGAUCCAAGUAUUGAGUUACCAUUAAGAAACUGAUUGAAUGGGUCUACUUCAUUGGGACUAAGGCAUAGGAUGCAAGGACCAGGUGGAUUGUGACCCCUUUCCCAAAGGCAGCCUUGUUGAGCCCAAACCGAUCCUACAUUCCAGGGAGAAGAUUCUGGAGAGACCCGUUUGGGGACUGAAGCCAAAAAUUAGGGGGGAAAGGAAACGUAGGCCCAAUGCAUUGCACUUGUCAGGUGUUGGUUUUCAUGUCCAGAUACUUCCAUUUUGUUGCGCGGUUGCUUAUAUUUUGUAACCAAAUGGGUUUGUAGAAAACACACACACAACUUCCACCGUCCGACAUCGCAACUCUGAAAUCUCGACACAAAUUUCGGUGUUUCUUAUUUUCGACCCCAAAGGUCUUUGUGUAUGGAGCACGCGUCUGUGAAGCCGUAGAGACUUUGUGACCUUAACUUGAAUCCUCAGUGUGUCCAUGUCUCUCCUGUGUUGGUGAUGAUAACUCAGGGCUGUAUAGUAUCUCUCCCUCCCUUGUCCCUUCUCAUUGCUCCAAAACACGGAUCGUCGUUGCCAAAAUAAUGGUCACUCAUUUGUUUACAACCAAACAUCGGUGUUCAUUGUCCUGAACCUAUGAUGCCAGCAGCCAUAGAUGUGGAAUGGACUCGACCAGGAAUGCCGCUCCAUCUUGUUUUUUUUCCCCACAGCACUUCUUUCCGGUGAUAUCUAUAAGCAUGUUUGGACAUUUCGCAAAACGCAUCUGAAAUAUUCGAGAUCUGCACCUGAUUUAUAUAAUCCCAUAGAUCAUGGCUGGGGAGGCGUCCAUUUUGGCUGCCCUCUACCUCUGAAAUAAAGAGAAGGAGUCGACGAUGGGGGCAUCGCCUCCCCCAAAAGAUAAAUCCUGAUCCCAAAUGAAUGUUUUCCCCCUUCCAUCCUCAAAUUUCUAGCAUUGAGAUACUGAAAAAUCUGGACUUCUCUUUGCUGUGUUUGCAUUGCCUUGUGGUCACUUUGCCUGUUGCUUUUCUCUGAAUGCUUUGAAUGCUUGAACUCUAAAUGUUCGAAGGAGGUUUCAGGUUACUGCAAUGCUAGACGUGUCGGAAUGGAAGGGAAAUCUCAUUGUGGGGAGGAAUUGUUCUGAUUUGGGGAGGGAAUGCCUUCAUUUUGCCUCUGCCCCAUCGUUAGUCCUGCUGGACUCGGCAUUAUAUCAAUAUGCAGUAUGUGAAUCUACUCUGCCUUUUCUUUGAAAUGAGGAGAGGAACUCAGAUCUUAAUUUGUCAGUAUCAGUUUAUCCCCCAUGGAUCAAUUCUGGUUAAAGCAAAACAGGAUCUUUUAUGAAUCCUAGAGGUUAUAUGCAAAGACAUAGCUGCCUUAGCCGGGAUCCGUAGUGAAAAGCGUUUCUUGUUGCAUUUAAGAAAACAGUCUAGGAAAGCUACCAAUUCUCUUUUCUCCAUCAAAGGUCUUGUAACAUCCCUUUGUAUACAGAGAGGUAAUUAUUAGAUCCAUUGUGUCUUCUCCUAUGGUUGAGCUUGGGAUGGCUUGCAAGGGAAUGCCCAUUAAAAGUCACCAGAAGUUGGGAAUCAGGUUUUUUUUAAUGUCAGGAGCGACUUGAGAAACUGCAAGUCGCUUCUGGUGUGAGAGAAUUGGCUGUCUGCAAGGACAUUGCCCAGGGGAUGCCCAGAUGUUUUGCCAUCCUUCUCUCAUGUCCCCACAUGAGAAGCUAGAGCCGACAGAUGGGAGCUCACCCCGCUCUCUGGAUUCAAACUUCCGACCUUUUGGUCAGCAGUCCUGCUGGCACAAGGGUUUAACUCAUUGCGCCACCAGGAGCUCCUGGGAAUGAGGUGAAGACCCUCAAUGCUCAUUGGCAACCUAAGGCCCUUUCUGUCAGAUCGGAUGGGCUUCAUCAUAUAGCCAAUGCACAUGGCCAGAAAUGGAUCCGAAGCAGUUGAGAACAACUUCGGAAUCCAAUCUAUGAACAUCUCCUCUGUUCACAAAAGUAUUUGGUAUCAAAUGAGAAUAGGAAAGUGCUUUCCAAUUGGACAGUUUUGCCAUUUUAUUUUGAUCCUUUAGAAACUGCAUCCUGUAUCAAUGCCAAAAGGUUAGAUCUUGGCCUUAGAAGAUAACCAUGGAAAGUCCUAUAUUGUGCUUCCAUUUGUUCUAAAUUUUUAGGAUAUUCAACUUUUCUUCUAGCAAUGCUACUGAAAAUGGUGGUCCAUGGGCUGGUAGUGGUCCGUCUGCUGUGACUUCCUAGGAAAGGUUGAAAGAGUGAAAGCAUAUGAGGAAAACAACCCUGCCAGUCCACUGGGAAAAUGCUCAUAUCAGCCACCAUUUUGGGUUAUCUAGGCUGCUGGUCUUAAAGAAACUAUGGUUUAAAUUCAGGAUCAGACUGAUGAACAUGUAACAGGAGUAAUACUGUUGUAGCGGAAGCGCUAUUCCUACACAGUGCCAAUUAUAUGGUCAAGAUUGUAACUGACCCCCCAAAACGUACUGUAUUUCUUCAAUUCUUAGAAUCACAGGUGUAUCUUAUGUAUUUUUGUUGACAGUGCUGGUCCCAAAAUUAUAACUGAUGGCAUCUUACAAUUGAAGAAAUACGGUAUCUUAUCAGGUGCCCAUUCCAUGGAGGGAAGGGGUCCUCUUCCUUUUGGUGAUCCGGAUAUUAAUGAAUGAGGUCCCCCUCCCUUGGCUCUGAAUUGUCAAUCAGAACCAGGACCCCUCUUGCAGCUUUACAAUUGAGGGGAAAUGGGGUGAAACGCCAAUCAUAAGAGACCCCCUUCUCUCCAUGCGGUUGAUGCUUAGCAGAGUAGAUGUGGAUUGUAAACCAGGUUACGCAACUAAUGUCAUUACAUAACCAAGUGGCGCAUGGAGAAUUCCAACCUGGGCUGCCAUUCUUAAUUCAUUGCGCCGUUUUAAUCAUCCCAGUGAGUCCUUUGUGGCAAGCAAACGACUCAAUCUUUCGCCCUGUUGCAGUGUUUUAUGCAUGCAGAGCCUCUUUGGAUCCUUUCCUUUCCCCCCAAUAUAGAAAAUCUGCAUUCAUUUCGAGGGUUGUGUUUGUAGUAUCGUCUCAUAUGCAGCUGUCCAUUGGUGAAUGAGCAGAUGCAUUUGCAAGGACGUUGAGUGUGCAACAACGUCGCAGUUCAAUUGCCGAGGAACGCCAUGGGAGCAAAUUGUGUGCCGCCUCCUCGUCUGGGCUCCCUCUCAGCCGUAGUUCAUUCUGUCGCGGCGUCCCCUUGCGCGGCACCGCAGGUCAUUGACCCAAUGCAGAGGAGCAUGACUCAUGCCGCUGAGAACGCUUUCCGUGGAUUCAGAAUAUGGUAAUGUUCCCAACUCCUCAGAGUUUAAUAGCUGUAAUGUAACCUUGUCCAACAAGACCACAUUUAGAUCUUACCCGAUCAUUACAAAUUCGGGUCAUUCGAGAAGUGUCCUCAUGGCACUCCCUUAUAGCACGAAUUGCUUUUCUGUCCCCGAGUCUCAUCCUUCCUAUCAUGUCCUAGGACUCAAAUGAUUCAUUUCUUUCCGGAGCCGCUCCCCAUCUGGUCCGAUCUUAUUGUUCUUUUCCAUCCCCGCUCAGUCUUUCCUGCUUCCGACUUUGCUCCAAGUGCUUUGAAUUUGUACUUCUAAGCUUAUAUUUAGAGCAGAGAGAAAAGCAUUCUGCAGCCUUUAUGUUCUUAUUUGACUUGGUCUAACCACGACGCAGAAGUGCUAAAUCAUCAGCCAAGGGCAGACGGAGUAUUUUCCAAUUUCUAGUUUCGCUAUAAAACCCAAACGCAAAAUUAGGAUCACAAUGGGUGCCUGUAUUUUACUCCAGUGCAGAAAUUGACAUCUUUCCUCUUCUAAUACCAUUCGUGCAUGAAUCAUAACCAGCUGCAUUAUGUGAUAAUCCAUCCUUAGUUUUUUGGGACCUAUACAAAACCCUAAUGACAUUUGUACAGUUCCUUUGUGGCCCUAUUCUCAAGAUGUCAUGAUGGCCUCUUUGUUGCAUUUCGUUUGAAGGACACCUUGCUGCAAAUAUUUGUGAGGAAUGUUGUAAUGUUAUCAACCCAAAUGUUCUAGGUCUCCAAUUGUGCUUUUUCCUCCUCCCCGCUCAGAAGAAUAAUUAUUUUAAUAUUCCCUAUGCACUUUCCUGUUCUUUAACCCCAUGAGGUCCAGACACUGUCUUCCACUCUUUUUCUUCAAUUUCUCAAGUAUUUCCUCCAUUGAAACUAGUACUGGGCCAGUUCUGAUAAAUAAUAGGUCGCAUUCUUCCAUUGCUGGUUGUCAUCUGUCCUUGGGUCUCCCACAUCCAAACCAUGGAUCAAUCCAUCUUUUUCUCCUAUAAGGAGAUAUUAGGAAACAUCAGGACACAGGUCAAGGCUGGAAUUCACAUUGGCUUGUAUCAUUGCUUAUGUUUCUCAGGAUUUGGUUGCACAGAGAUGGUCUCAUCCUGUAAUAUGAAACAGAUACAGUUCCAAAAUGAUAGUGUUGUGCUCCCACUUGAAAAUAAGCAGAGAUGCAAUUAUAUUUCCCAAAGCAAGAAGUAAAUACUCAGGCAGUUGUGUUGUAAGGAUGGGUGAUGUUGCUCAGCUCAUUCUUGGUGUGCACUAUGAAGGCAUUGAGGAUUGUAUAACCACAGAGUUAAGGAAAAGUCAUUGUUUCACCCACCACUGACCUGGACCUCAUUGAAUAUUCUUCAUGUUGACCUCCACAUAGUUCAAUCCAUGUGUGGUAGAACUUCAACCAAGAUUCAGUGCAUGCACUGUAGAAGGUUCAACCCAUCCAUGGUAGGACUCCAACCAUGACUUGAUCCAUCUGUGAUAGGACAUGGUUCAGUCCAUUUGUUGAUGGACUUCAACGCAUCUGUAAUAGGACUUGUCAUAACUCUAUUUGUGGUAGGAUUCCAACCAUGAUUUCAUCUAUCUGCAGUAAGACUUCCACAGUGUUUCAUUUCAUCCAUGGUAGAAGAUACAACUAAUCUCUGGUAGAACUCCCAUGGUUUGAUCCAUCUGUGAUAGGACUUCAUGGUUCUGUCCAUCCAUGGUAAGACUUCAAUCCACCCAUAGUAGGACUCCACUAUGGUUUGAUCUAUCUGUGGUAGGACUCCAACCAUGGCUCGAUCUUUCUGUGACCAAACUUCAAUCAUGGUUCAACCCAUCUGUGAUAGGACUUCUACCAUGGUUUGAUCCAUCUGUGAUAGGACUUUAACCAUAGUUCAUUCCAUUUGUUGAUGGACUUUGAUUCAUCUGUAAUAGGACUUCAGUCAUAACUAUCUCUGGUAGGAUUCCAACCAUGGUUUGAUCUAUCUGCAUUAGGACUUCCACUAUGUUUCAGUUCAUCCAUGGUAGAAGGUUCAACUCCUCUUUGGUAAGACUCCAACUAUGUUUUGAUCUAUCUGUGAUUGAACUUUAUGGUUUAGUCCAUUCAUGAUAGGACUUCAACCCAUCCAUGCUCCAGACAUGGCUUGAUCUAUCCAUGGUAGAACUCCAACCAUGGCUCAAUUUUUCUGUGAUCAGACUUGAAUCAUGGUUCGAUCCAUCUGCGGUAGGGUUUCCAACAUAGUUCAGUCUAUCCCUGGUAGAACUUCAUCCCAUCUGUCAUCAGAUUCCAACCAUGGUUCAGUCCAUGUCAAUGUUGCAACAGUGCCCACCAAUUCUGGCUAGAAAAGGUAGGAGGAGAAGACCAUGACUUCUCCCUGACAGAGACCCUUGAAUGCUGCUUUCACUUAGACUGUUGGUAAGCUCCGGCUUGGUAUAUCCUUGCUCCGUAGAAGGUACCUAUAAACUCUCUGAAAUAGAACUCUGUAUAUCCCAGGUCUACUUCCAUUGAGUCUAGCUCCCUAGGACCAAUGACUGGAUACCAUCCAUGAGAAUGCUUCCAUGUAUUUAUUGUUAAAAUGCACCUGAGCACUUUAAAAACAUGUAAAAGAGGGGGGCACAUUGUGGGCAUUGUCCGAAUCUGCUCAAUGCAUGCAACCGAAAGGUCUUCGAAACCUUCUUUGUAUUGACGUCGUCUUUGGACACGAUCCAUCAGGAUUGUGGCCACAGGACCAGAGUCUUCCUUCCCCGCAUGAUGCCGCAUUGUACCAAAGACGCCCAGCGCUCCAUUCGUCCCUUCCCCCAGCAAAUUAUUUUGCAUAUUGAUUUAAAUUAUUUUGCAAGAAAGGUAUAUUUUCCAAUUGUCAAAUAUAUAUAUCUAUACAUAUAGCCUCUAUAUUUCCAGCUUGCUUUUUGCAAAUCCUAAAAUGACUGUGUCGCGCUUCCCCAUUGACCUGAAAUAAGUGUUAAUUCACAAUUUAGCAACCAACUAAAUUGCUUUUUAUAAUGAGCCUUUCUUUCUAUUUUGGAGGGAGGAAUUGGCCAAACCACUUACUGCCUGGGAAAACCCUAUGACAUUCCCUGUUAAGACCCAUAAAGGGAACAUUUGGGAAGGCAGGAUAUUCCCUCUUUCAAAACCCAAAAGCAAA